AUGAACUGCGGGGACCGGAAAUCAGAAGAUGUGAGGAGGAUGGAGAAUGGACCAGACCCACCCCGUUUUGUAAGCCAGGUCGUAUGCGGGAAGAAAGAAAGUCAAAUUCAGCUAUCAGCUGGAGGAAAUCCAUCUGAAAUCAUAGAAUGGCCAUGGCAAGUGGCCAUUUAUGACAUCAACAAGGAAGACGUUAUUUGUGGAGGGGCUCUCAUUAGGGAAGAAUGGGUGCUGACAGCUGUUCAUUGUGUCGUCGUAGAUGGUACCCUCAGAACUGGGAGAUCGGAAGAACUUUUUGUCCACCUUUGGAAGCAUUACCGAUAUUUUAUCAAGAAAGUUGAAUACGUGCAGAUCAGACCAGUAUCUCACAUAAUCUUGCACAAGGACUUCAACGUAUAUAAUAACUACGACUCAGACAUAGAUUUAUUGAAACUAACAAGACCUGCCGUGCUAACGGCGCCAUUUCAAUUGGUAUGUCUCCCGAGCCGAUUUGAUUUCUCUGAGGCAAACCUCGACAGUGGAGUGCCAGGAUGGGUGGCUGGUUGGGGUUAUGAUGGUUCUGAUGAACACGCAGCUGUCCUGACGGAGGUUCAACUUCCAGUGGUAUCCAAUCGCAAAUGUGUUCUGGACACGCUGAAUUUCACGAGGGACCCCGAUGUCACUCGUACCCUCACCUCAAAUAUGUUUUGCGCUGAUUUUCGAACAGUGUGUCGAGGGGAUUCGGGGAGUCCCAUGGUUUUCCUCUCCGAUUCAUCACGGGACAGCCACUGGACGAUGGAAGGGAUCGCGAGUCACUUCUUCCAGAAAGGUACUUGUUCCAUGAGACGCCCUGGACAGUAUGGGAUUUUCACAAAAGUUAAUAGGUUCGCCCAGUGGAUAAACACGGUGAUAUUUAGGGGCUACUGA